CUCGGGCUUGGGGUGCACUUGGCGUUGGAGUCCGUCCGGCGUUCCCCCUUGGUCUUCCUCCCCACCCCCAAAUCCUGUCCCACCGACCGGAGUCGCCGCCGAGAUGACUGGCCUCCAUGACAAGCGCGCCACCAGCGAGUCCCGGAGAUCCAAGCGCCCUGAGCGGUCCAGGCCGGAGGCGAAGGUGGCGGAGCCUCCGGCACGCCGGGCCAAGCGCGCCGAGGGCCAUGUUCCUCUGCGCAAGCGCGAGUCUGCGAGGGUCGGGCGACCACCCCACCCCCUGGACUCGGAGGAUGUGACUGCGGAGCCUCGUCCAGCACGCCGCGACGAGCGAUCAUCCUCACCCCUUUGCGGCGAUGGGGGCACGGAGGAAAUCACCAUGGCUCCUCCACCGCCAAGCGCGAGGACUCCCCUGACUCGCCUCGCACCGCCUACGUGCUCCGCAACCGCCGAGUCCCGGAUGCCGGCGACCCCAAGCCCACCCCCCCUCCGUGCUUCGACAAAAGGGAAAUUAAGCUGGAUCAGCCACGCUUAUCCAAGAGGCAACUUAAGCGAGCUGAACUUUGGAAUGCCCCAGCAUGUGCGCGCAAGGGUUUGGAACGCUACAACGGCAUGAAUCAGGGGGAUGAGUAUGAGCUGGUUGAAGCAGUGGGCGUCAAAAGCUUUUGCUACUGUGGUCCGUGGCUGCAUGCAAAUUUUCUUGCUAGGCAUAAAGGUGCCAGUAGCUGUGAUGAUCUUGUUCCCAAGCACUUCUUUGCUGAGCUGAGGAUCGAUGCAGAUGGUCUGUCGUGUGUUUCAUGCUUCAAGUUCGACUCAGUUGACUGGAAGAACUUUGGCGGAUGUGGAGUUUGCCCGGCAACAUUUGUCCAUCCCGCUGGUGGUGGGUACAUUGGUGCACUGCCUGAACGACGUCUUCAGCCUGCUCCCACUGGUCUACAAAUAUCGUUUAGCUUUUGAGUUUAUGGUAGUAGAAUGAUUUUCUAGUUUAUGCAAGUUAGUUGUUAAAUCAGAUAGUGAAGUCUGAAACUCGACUUUGAUGAGUCAGCUAGUGAAGGCUGAGAUAGCACUUUGAUGUUUACUCUGCCAACAAGUUCAGACUGGUAGAAGGGCAGAGCAGGGUGGAGCUGCAAAGGAGAAAGAGAUCAACUCGAAGGUCAUGGAGAAAGCCAAUAUCAUGAAGUCUGAGCUCCAGAUGAUCGAAGAGAUAAUGCUUACGAACGGCUGCAGGAGGUUGAGCAUGUCAGCAUGUACCGUAGGAUGACUAUCAGAGAUGUGUCCCAAGGAGAUGAGCCCAAACCCUUAAAAACUGGGAAUUCAGAGCUUGUUCCCCCUAAGUAGACUGCUUGUUUUAGUCCUUUGUUGGUUAGUUGUCGCCGAUCGACCACCUAUGUCGUGACGACGAUGCAUUUCAUUGUCUAUAAUGCAUUCUAUAGUCUAUGUGAAUCAUUAGCUAUUCUGGUUUUGCAAUGCCUGACGAUGUAACGAUGUAGCAUUAGAGAAUUGUGGGAUAACCCCGUUGGUAGGGUCGCAUUGGCGUCUGAAGAAUAACUGACAGCACAUUGAACUAGUGUGUACGAUUUUUUUUUUGUAAGAAUAGCA